AAAAAACCCUCAUUCUCUUCCAAGUCGCUUCGAUCAACUACACGUGCAUUUCAAACGACGUACCAACGAAGCAACAUCUUUGUUUACCCUCAGUGAAGCGAAUCUUUUUCGCCGAGAGGUUUCUCAAACACCGAAGAAUAAUCUUUACAAAGCAAUUUUUACUUCUUGUUCCAAGGUUUUCAAGAAUACAGCAAUGGCCUCCGAGUCUACUGGAGAAGAAGUAAACAGCAGGGCUUACCCCCUGGCUGACCAGACGUUGACGAAGCAAAUUCUGGACCUGGUACAGCAGGCUUCUAACUACAAGCAGCUCAAGAAAGGAGCUAAUGAAGCAACCAAGACUUUGAACCGUGGCUUGUCUGAAUUCAUCGUCCUGACGGCAGAUGCAGAGCCCAUUGAGAUCCUCCUACAUUUGCCUCUUCUCUGUGAGGAUAAGAAUGUCCCUUACAUUUUCGUGAGAUCCAAACAAGCAUUGGGUCGCGCGUGUGGGGUUUCUCGGCCCGUCAUCGCCUGCUCUGUUAUUCAGAAGGAGGGCUCCCAGCUGCACAACCAGAUCCAGACUAUCCAGCGCAGUAUCGAGAGACUUCUCAUCUAGACUGGAAUGCUUCUCUCCUGUCUCACAUGGCAGCAGGCAGGAUGGGGAAGCAGACAUUUCUAUUUUUAGUCACCAGAUGUAUUCAUCUUGUUAUUUUUGAAAAGUUUUUCCAUGUCCACUAGUUCCCGUCUGUUCAUCUUUCAUGAAAAUAUUAUUUUUUCCCCCCAUUUCAUAUUUUAUCAUCCUCCCUCAUUCAUUUGAUUUGUCAGGUCCAAGGGAAUGGGUGCGUUUGUUGAUAUUUUUGUCUAUGGUGUGGAAAUAAAUGAGUACAUUUUUAUACC